AUUUGUUUCAAAAUGGCGUCCAAAGGCAAGAGAGAAAAUCUUGCAUUGCGGAAAAUUGCAAAACCUGUCAUAAGUACAGAUGUAAUGGGUAAUAGAAACGUCGAAGUGCGAGCAGUAGGUGCCUGGGUGCAAGUUGAAUCUCCAUACACUGAGGCAGAAGGAGUGGUGGGUGCUGUGGAGGAGGAGAGAAGAUUGCGUCAGUUGCAGCAGGAGAAGCAGGCGAGACUUCGCCACUUUCAGGCCGAAGUGAAAAAGAGGGUGAACGCACUGGACAGGAUGAGGAAACAGAACCAGCUGGAGACAAACUUCCAAGCUUCUGAACAAGAGCGCCGAGUUGUUGGACAGAGUGCUUUUUCUUUCCCAGACUCGACCAAGAAAGACACAAGUCUUGUGAGACCCCAUACAGCUCUGGCUGUAAGCAAGUCAGUCAGGCACAAAGAGUCAUCAGACCGCCCUAAGAGUGGAUAUGACCAUGAGGCCUUCUCCGAUCAAACCAAUCAGGUUCAUGAGCAUGUGCGCCAGGCAAAGAAGAGCCUGGUGUCUCGCCAGGUGAUCACAGAGAACUAUGUAAAAGAUGAUCUACCAGGGGGAAUGUGGAAAAUCUCCAGAACCAGGGAUGACUUGAACCCCGCCAAAAACCCUUCUUCCCGGUACACAGUAGAUGGGGAGGAGUUUGACAUCUUGGAUGAAGAUCUCAUUGAAAAGGUCAAGGUUGUCAACAAUAAAGUGUACCAGGAGAGUCAGGAUGGUCAGUCAGGAUCACCUGAGGACAGUGACAAGGAGAAUGAGGUAGUGAGUCGGUCAGUUCAGUUUCAUGAUGACCACACUGACCACAGGGGUCAGAGAAACAGUGAUUACCACACUGAUCACAGGGGUCAGAAAAACAGUGAUUACCACACUGACCACAGGGGUCAGAGAAACAGAAGGCAGGAAACAGUGAAUCGUGUCCCGAACAUUUAUGAAGGGGUGAAAAGCGAGGAGGAGAAGAGACGAUCCCGUGCCCAGCAGGCAAUGUACCGACGAUUAUUCAUGGACAAAGAGAGGGAACAAGUGAAAGAGAACCUGCGCCGGCAGGAGCACAGGAAACGUAUUGUCAGGUUAAAGAAGGAGGCAGAAGCCGAGAGACAGGAGGAGGAGCGAGUGUCGCAGGCCCUCGUCGAGCCCCGAAAUCCCGUUACCGGAGAAACAAGCACUGAGGUCCUGGACAGGGAACAACAGGAACGAGAGUUUAUCCGCCGCACCAUCCGCGAACAUGAGAGACGACAACAGAAGAGCAAGGAAACAGAAAGGUACAUUGAGGCAUUACGUCAGCAGUUGAAGGAUAAGGUGCGACGGAAGGGUGUGGAGUUACCUCCCUUGUGUUGUUGCGGGGAAUCCAUCUGGGACACAAACCCUGAGACCUGUGCAAACAACUGUGUCUUCUAUAAAAACCCAAAAGAGUAUGGACGAGCAUUACAGGCAAUGUUGGACUCAAGUGAACUGUGCGGAUCCUGAAAACCAGAUCAAAUACUACUUGAACUAAUUCAAAUAUACUGCUUGGAAAACCUGAAAAUACAACCCGCCAAAUACCACUUGGAACAACUUUUACUUUAAAUAACGAAAAUUUCUGUUUGGAUUUAGUUGUGUAAGAGCUAAGCUGAGCUUAUCAGUCUACCACAGAGAAAUAUUAAAUCCUUAUGCUCAUUAUUCUUGGAUCAUGAAGACAUAUAAUCUAAUUCAGUCAGAGUGAAUUGUUUGGCUGAUAAAAAUGGACUAAAACACAUUGUACCAAAAAGCAGACUGGACUGCUUAAGCUGUUUCACUCAAAGUGAAUGCAAUGUAUUGUGAUUGUUUUUAUGUCACCUGAUAACAUGUGAUAUAUGUAUUUUGGUGUAUGUGGCAUCUGGGAGCAUCAGCAAAGCCUUGUGUGGACAUAACUCGAGUGAUUAUUUUUCAAUGACAAUAAAAUUUGGUGACAAUGUUUGAGGGCAUAGGGACCAUCUUAUCAAAGCAUGUGUAGUACAGUUACAAGGGUUUAGUUCUGUCAGAGUAGUUAUAUUAAUUAUAUCAAAACUAAGGGCUCUUUUGGUCAGAUUUUUGAAUGUUCAUAUGAAUUUGUGAUAAAGAUGUUAAAUACAAUUGGUAGCCCAAGCAUUCUUUUUAACUAAAGAUCAUGAUCUUAUGAUAUUUUGUCUUGAAACUUGGUGACAGUGUUUGUAGGGACUUUUUAAGCUUUACUAUUUGAUGAAAAGGAGAACUGUCCUACUCACCAUAGCCUUGCCCUUGUCUUCACAUCUUGGUUAAGGUAUAGCAUGUAAGCACCUUUUAAGUCAUUAUCUCAGCAAAUACAUCAUGUUAUGUAUUGAAACUUCAGAUAUUUAUUUCAGACCAUUCAAUCUAUUUAAUUAAUGAAGUAAGAUAACUCUUUUUUUUAAUAUAAUGCAAAUUAUGGGUCUUUAUUUAUGCACCUUUAUAUUUCGACCUAGACAUUCUGGUUAAGGAUUUGUGGGUAAGCACAUAUAAGUCAAUAACUCAGCAACUACUUGAUGUAAUGCAUUUAAAAAAUAUUACAACCAAGUAUGAUGAACCUCUUCUUGCAUUUUUUAUACAAAUUUUGCUCCUUUAUUAUUUGACGAAAUUGUUUAACGUUUUGCAUAUAAGCUAAUUUUGCACUGAUCAAUGCAUGUUUCACCAAAACUUUGCAAUCCUUAAACUUAAAAGUGGUGGAAUAGUCGUGUAUUUACAUUUUGUAGAGCUGAGGUUCUUUCUUGAAAACAAUAUUUUUUGCUUGUUAAAGCUUUUUGAAGAAUUUUGUUAUUUAUUAAUAUGUGUACGCUUGCUAGAUAAAAAUAUUUAAUGAAUGAUUUGUUACAAUAAUUGCCAUUAUAUCAUUGACUUGUUUUGAUUUUAAGCUAAUAUAGAAAUAAAUGACAAAAUUUA